AUGUCAGAUAGCGAGGAAGAAUAUAGAAGUAAACUUUACACCAAAACUGGAGAUAAAGGAACAUCAGCUUUAUUCAACGGUGAAAGAAGACCAAAAAAUGAUGCAUUCUUUCAUAGUUUAGGUGCCAUCGACGAAUUAUCGGCUACUCUUGGUAUUGCCUUGGAACAUUGCAUUAUCGAAAAGAAUGGAUUAGAAAGCUAUUUAGAAAAAUUAAUUGUUGUAAUGUUAGAUAUCGGAGCAUGUGUUGCAACCCCAUUAGAUAAUUCAAAAGAUUCACAAAUUAAUAAAACCAAGUUUGAUGAUAAUCGUAUUAAAGUUAUCGAAUCAUGGAUUGAUAAAGUUGAUUCUGAAUUACCACCAUUAAAAUGUUUUAUUAUUCCAUACAGAGUCGGUUUAGCUAGUGCACAUUUACAUUUAGCAAGAACUGUUUGUAGAAGAGCUGAAAGAGAAAUGGUUGGUCUAUCAAGACAUUCAUUCAUUCCAGAAUCAGUUUCAAUUUUCAUUAAUCGUUUAAGUGAUUUCCUUUUUGCUGCUGCUAGAUACGCUGCUAUGAAAAAUGGUGCCAAAGAAGAUUUAUGGAGAGGUGUUACAAGUGAAUUCUCUUAA